CUCAUCUCUAGUUGAGUACAUGUUGACUGCACGAGACUUUUUAUACAUUUUAACGAUAAUAAUGGUCAGAAAAUAUAUUACAUUCGCUGUUUUAUUUUAUUGCUGUGUUUCUGGGACUGCAAGCACAGAAAAGUUCAGUGGGUUUAGGUCAACAUUGUCAAGAUAUUCUAUUGUUAAGCCUCAGGUGAUUCACAGGUGGACUAGGAGCAUAAACAGACAGACACAAUCUGAAAAGUAUGAAGACAGAAUAUCAUACGAGAUCAACAUUAACAACAGAAGACACAUUCUUCAUCUAAAACAAAACAGAGACUUCCUGCACCCAAAUUUCAUCCAGUAUUCACGUGACGCCAGUGGCAACUACAGUUCUUUGUAUCCAAAACUACAUGUGCAUUGUUAUUACCACGGAAAUGUGGAUGGAUAUGAAAAUUCAAUGGUUGCUCUCAGUACAUGCUCCGGUCUCAGAGGAGUCAUCUUCCUUGGAAAUGAGACGUUCGGACUUGAACCUGUGGCGCAGACUGCCACUAAUGAACAUCUUCUGUACCUCCUGGAGGACUCGCAGUCUGAGCCCGUUACCUGCGGGGUCGUUAGCGAGGCGACAUCUACGCCACGACACGAACCAUUUGAGCCUGGCAAAUCAAUGACUUCUUUGAGGAGAAAACGCAGUUUACCUCAGACCAGUUAUGUGGAGUUGGCGCUGGUUGUUGAUAAUCUCAGAUAUCAGUAUAAGAAAAAAGACGAGAAAGCAGUACGAGACGAAAUGGUGGAAUUGGCUAAUCUGCUGGAUGGGUAUUACAAGCCACUGAACAUCCGUAUUGUGCUGGUGGGCCUGGAAAUCUUCAAGGAUAGUAAUCCUUUUUCUGUAGAUGGUGCAGCUGGAGAUGUGCUGGGGAGCUUUGUGGGGUGGAGGAAGUCCACUCUGUUACCAAAAAUCAGAAACGACAUUGGUCAGCUCAUUGUUGGUCGGACCAGCUCAUAUCCAGGUGGCGUAUUAGGCAUGGCGUUCGUGGGCACGGUCUGCUCUGCAGCUUCUUCUGGAGGAAUUAAUGUGUACAGCAAUGACAACUUGCCUUUUUUCUCCACUGUGGUGGCUCAUGAGAUGGGCCAUAACAUGGGCAUGAAUCACGACAGCACUCAAUGCACCUGUGAUGGAAAAGCUUGCAUCAUGUCAGGAGGUGCUAGUGGUUCCACCCAGUUCAGCCAGUGCAGCGAGGGAGACUUUGAGACGCUAAUUAUCCGUGGAGGAGGCGUUUGUCUGAGAAAUCUACCCUCCCCAUCGAAUGUGAUCGGUACGGCUGUAUGUGGCAACGGCCGUCUGGAUGGAGGAGAAGAAUGUGACUGUGGCACACCAGAGGAAUGCAAGAACGAGUGCUGUAACGCCGCUACCUGUAAACUCACACGUGGGUCUUAUUGUGCUCAUGGAGCCUGCUGUGAAAAGUGUCAGCUCAAAGUUGCUGGAACACCAUGCAGAAACUCUGCUGAUACUUGUGACCUUGCUGAGUAUUGUAACGGCACCAGUUCGUUUUGUCCCGAUGACUUCUAUUUCAUGGAUGGACUGCCCUGUGGAAAUUAUUCUGCGUACUGCUAUGAAGGCCGCUGCCGGACGUAUGAUUACCAGUGCAGACGCCUGUUUGGAUCAAAUUCUGCAAAAAAGGCAGCAGAUAUUUGCUUUCAGUAUGAAAAUAUUAAAGGAAAUGUGUUUGGAAAUUGUGGAAUCAAACCCAAUGGAGAUUACAUCAAAUGUAAAGUGGAAAAUGCCAUGUGUGGAAAGGUGCAGUGCACUAACGUGGAUUUGUAUAAUCAUCCUGCCGGCGCCCAAAUCAGUAUUGAAAUCGUUCAAGGUUCCAGCUGUGUUAACGCCGACUUCAACCUUGGCACAGAUGUGCUUGAUCCAGCCUAUGUUAACCCUGGCAGUCCUUGUGCUAAAGGAAAGACCUGUUGGGAGUUCCAGUGUGUAAACGCUUCGGUUCUACUGCCCAACUUGACUUGUGCUGCUGAAACCACCUGCAAUGGACAUGGAGUUUGCAAUAAUCUUGGACAUUGUCACUGCUUCGACGGCUGGGGCCCACCCUACUGCGACAGAGCAGGAUCAGGUGGCAGUAUUGACAGCGGUCCUGCUCAAAUAGAUUACUCCCUCAGGAACGGCCUGCUGAUCUUCUUCCUGUUGGUGGUUCCUGUUCUCGUGGCUCUCAUUCUGGUGCUCCUGUACAUGUUUAAAAGGGAUUCUUUGGAUGUUUGCCUGAAAGGAAGACGCAAAUCACGUAAUGCAAGAAAUGCAAAUGCACAAGGCAAUAAUCGGACAACUACGACAACUGAGCCUCCUCCACAAGUUGUACCUGACAGGCCUCCAAAUCCACCAGCUACCUCAGUUCCAAUUUCUGGUUUCAGAUAUGGAGAACUGGACUAUUGGAAUUUAGAAAAAAAUGAACCACCUGCUCGACCGCCACGUCCUGUUCAGGGCCCAGGAGUGCCAAAACCAAUCCCUGCUAAAGAAGUAUCAACCUGA